AUGAAUGAAGACGGUGGCAAAGAUCGCUUCCCCUUGUUGCAGCACUUCAUGGUCUCCAAAGAAGUGGAUUUCUCUCAUAAUCUAAAAUCUGGUUUUGAAGAUCAUCUAUCACAGAUUAUUCAGUGGUUUGAAGAAUACUUUCAAGAAGAUGAUAUCAACAAAUUUGCAUGGAUUCAAGACCCAUUCAGAGUCAAAGCUCCAUCUGAAUUUACUUCUACAGAAGAAGAAAGUCUUGAGCUGUAUUGCUACAAUACGCUCAAGGUUAAAUUUGGCAGCAUGGAGCUUACUGACUUUGGGUUUUCU